AUGCCUUUAGUCUGGGCCUGGACAGUAUACUUUUUUGCCCCCUCGCUUGCCGAACAGAUGACGCGAGGCUCUGUACAGUAUUGGCCUUGCCGCGGUGACGAUCAGGAGGACCGCCAGGACAACAUCCGUGGCAGCAAAGGUUGCAAUUGUAGCUCCGGCGUUUGGACAUUGGUCGGGACUGGUGAUGUUUCGAGGCGCGAUGAUCCACUCGACAGGUAUAGGAGGGAGGGCAACUUUGGUAUCGUUUCCAGUGUUGAGCUCGCUGGGUGUGACGAUGACGACGGGAUAUUGUCCGGAGUUGCCACGAUCAAGGUACUAUCAGCAAGAAGGUCCAUCAGCAAAUGUGGCUCAAAUCCUGUUUGA